AUGAAGGAUGCACAGACAAAGAUUGUGUGUACGAUUGGGCCAGAAACAUCCUCUAAAGAAAAGAUAGCACAGCUGAUUAAAGCAGGAAUGAACAUAGCAAGAAUAAACUUCAGUCAUGGCGAGCGAAAAGAACACAGGAAAGUGAUUGAAGAUAUUCAGGAUGUCAGGAAGUCUGAGGGCAAGUAUGUUGCAAUAGCAUUGGACACACGAGGGCCUGAAGUGAGAAUCAGUAUUGAGAGUGAUUUUUAUGCAAGCACAGGAGAUGCAAUUAGAUUUUAUACGAAACAAAGAAAAGGAGGAAUAUUCAUACCUGAGAUAAAUCUGAAUGCAUUGAAGAUUGGAGCAAAUGUGUUUAUAGAUGAUGGAAGUCUUGAGUUGAAAAUAACAGAAGUGUUUGAUGGGGGAUUUGAAUGCAUAUCUCAGAAUGGCCAUUUGGUGAAAAAUAACAAGUCAAUGAAUUUUCCAGGAAUAGAUAUAGGAAUGAAAUAUCUUAGGGGUGAUGACAUAGAAGAUAUGAUAUUUGCUGUUGAGUGUGGAAUAGACAUGAUAUUUGCAUCAUUUAUUGGUUCUCGACAUGAUGUGGAAGAUGUCAAAAAGAUAGUUGUAAAUGUUCCUGUUAUAUCAAAGAUCGAGUCGUGUAUGGGGAUGGAGAACCUAGAUGAGAUUGCAUGGGUUUCAGAUGGACUGAUGGUUGCCAGGGGUGAUCUUGGAGUUGAGGUUGGGAUGGGAAGUAUGUUUAGCUCACAGAAGAGGAUAAUUGCAGCGGCAAAGAAGGCAAAUAAGCCUGUGAUAUGUGCAACACAGAUGAUGGAAAGCAUGAUUAGCAAGGAGAUGCCGACUCGAGCUGAGACCUCAGAUGUUGGGAAUGCAGUGAUGGAUGGAUGUGACUGUGUGAUGUUGAGUGGAGAAACUGCUGUUGGUAGGUUUCCAAUUAAAACGGUUGAGGCGAUGAGAAUGAUUUGUAUGGAUGCAGAGAAGUACAUACGAAAGAUCGGGGAUGCUAUUGGAAUGUGUGAGUUAUUUCCUUAUGUGUCAGCAAUUGUAUUAUGGCUCUGUCCUGCUGAUCAAGUUGAGCGAUUUUAUGCAUCUCGGCCUGGCAUUCCUAUAAUAAUGGUUUCAAGGUCAUUAUGUGAAAUCAGGAGAUUUUGCAUGUAUCGGGGGAUUGUGUGUGUGAUGUAUGAUGAGCUGAUAAAUGUGAGAAGUGUUGCUGAAAGGCUGUGUAUUGAAGUCAGAUACAUGGUUAUUGAGGAAAAGAGCGUGAGAAUGGAAGAGAUUUGA